UUUUCAAUAAUCUCUCAUCUUCUUUCGUCUCUCUUUCUACGGUUCAAACCUCAAACCUUAAAAAGAACGAUGGAGAAGCGAAGCUUUAUUAAGAACAGAGGAGUACUUAGAUUACCACCAGGGUUCCGAUUUCACCCGACCGAUGAAGAGCUAGUGGUUCAAUAUUUACGUCGAAAAGUAACCGGUUUACCUUUACCAGCUUCUGUUAUACCGGAAACCGAUGUUUGUAAAUCCGAUCCAUGGGAUUUACCAGGUGAUUGUGAAUCAGAGAGAAUCAUCAUAUGGACAGAACAUGAAUUGGGUUCUGUGUCGAGUGUUCUUGAAGAAGAGAAGCAAUAGUAAUAAUAAGAGGAAAGAAGA